AUGAUUAAAAAAAUACUUGAACAAAAUGGAAAAAUCAAAUGUCCUGCAGGAAGUCUCAAAGCGCCAUAAAUUAUUCAAGUUUUGCUGCAUUUAUUUGAUCUGUAAAGUUUAGGUUCCAACAUUUCCACAUAGGAUUUAACAGUAAUUAAUAUCAACAGGGAGGAGCUAGAUUAUCUGUAAUUAAGGAGUUAAUCCUUUUCUGACAGAAUGCUGGGAAAGCUGGAAUCUCCGUUGCGAUCCUGAACACACCUCUAGCCACGCCCACUUCAGUGACACUUCUAAUGGAGAUGAAGGUUCACAGGUCUUUGGUUCUGUCAUGUCUGUGCUGGUUCCUCUGCUCCUGUUCCUCUGGUCCACAGAUGGCUCUUCUGCUCAGCCACAUCAGGUGGUUGCAGUUGUUGGUGACGCCGUCACGCUGCCCUGCAGCUUAGAGGACAGAACCAGGUUUGAUGACAGUCCAACGGUGGAGUGGACGAGGGCCGACCUGGAUCUCAAGGCUGCUCUGGUGUACCGGGACAACUCUGAGGUCUUUGAGAUGAAACACCAGCGCUUUGAGUUCCGGACCAGCCUGUUCCACAGUGUGGUCAAAGACGGAAACGUGUCUUUGAGGAUCUCCAACGUCCAGCUGUCUGACGCUGGGAUGUUCUACUGCCUGAAGAUCCCAAAGGAAGAAGGCAGACUCCGGAUGGAGAACUCCACGGUGGAGCUGGUUGUUGUUUCAGUGUCUGACCCAAAGAUCUCGAUGGUCGCGGUCCAAAGUGGAGCGGUGAUGGUGGAGUGUGCGGCCAGUUGCUGGCUGCCGAAGCCGGAGAUGAAGAUCCUGGACGACCAGGGAAGAACCUUGACUGCUGAAAAGACGGAGACAGAAGAGCCAAACGGAUGUAUCACCGUACGACAAAAAGUCGUUCUGCAGAAUUCAACCGGCAGGUUAGAAGACAGAUGUUUUCUUUGGUUUAACAUUAGGACUCCAGUUCCAGCGUAAUCAGAAAUAAGCAUUUUCCUGCUCAAAUUAAUCAAAUCAAGAGUAUAUAAUCUGAGUUGGCGAAGAUAAUCUGCUGACGGUUGCUGCUUUGAUUGCUUGGUGGAAAUAAUGUUUAGCAGAUGAAGCUGAAGUUUAUUUAAGAAAAAAGGUUGAGUAAAUUGCUGAAGCUGUUUGCUUAAAGGUCUGCAGAAGUCAUUGUAGCUGUAAACUUUAAGCUGCAUCAGAGUUUUCCGUAUUUGACGCUGCUAAUCUGUUCUGUUCCAAAAUACUACAAGAUGUAGGGGAAAAAAUCUAGAGCAAAAGAGGGUAAUAUUGUCCAAAAUUGGCAAAAAAAAAGCUAUUUAAACCCGAAAAAGAGACUAAAAGCUCCAGGGUUAUUGAUGAAUUAUCAUUAAAAAAAUGUAAAAAAUGCCUAAAGCUUGGUACAUUUAAACAGGUAUAAGAAAAAGUAUCAACAAGAGAGGUGAUGUGUUAAUGAGACUAACAUGUGAAUGAGUGUAAAAUGUACAGAAAAUGACAAAAAUAAUCCCCAAAAAUCACGUUUUGAAUACAGAUAUGUUCUAGUGUUAAAUCCACGUCCAGUUCUGGGCCUUUCUAGUCUGUUUAUAAAAGUGAAGAAGAAAGGGAAAAGAAGAAAAACCGGCUUUACUUUUUCUUUGUUUCUUUUGUGGCAACUUGACGACAAAAAUCAAAAGGUUUUUGUUGUUUAAGCUGAAUUCUGAACUUUACAAAAUGAAGAACAGCAACUGCAGAAAAUGUCUGACAUCAAAUGAUAAAACCUGCUGAACUGGAUACAAAGGUCCUACACUGUUGACCUGGCUAAAAACAUACAGUCUGACCGUGUUUGGCUAAAUAAAACUACUUGAUUGACUAAACAAUUUAAUAAAAACCUUCUUAAUGGGAGUUUUUUUGUUCAAGCGUAAUAAUCUAAGUGUAUCUGGGUGGGUUUGUGUAGAUAGUGUGUGUGGAUAUCUGAGUGUGUGUAGUUCUUUGUGUUUGUGCAUAAAAUGCAGAUUGUAUCAGAUAUUUAUGACACUGAUAACCUUAAAUAACUUUUGUUGUGUGGUUUAAUGUUUGUUGAUAUCAUGUUGGAUGUUUUUGUUUAUUUGAACUCCUCCUACAAACCUGCUCGACUCUUUUGGAACUAAGAAAGAAAAACAAAAGAUACUAACAGAAUAAAUCCUGAAAACCAUUCAGUUUCAAACGUAAAAUGGGGGUUUAUACAAAUAAACUCCUGCUCGGACCAUAAAGGGAAUGAAAGCACCUGAACAGGUUAAGUAGGAAAAAGUUGUUUUUCAAGUAUAGAAAUGUUUUUUAAACUUUUCUUUGUCCUUUAUUAUGUUGGUGUUUGUCAAAAUACUGUACUAAAUGUCAACUGGGUCUUUGAUCCCAAAAGCUGCACAAA